GAUUUCAGUUUAAAAUCGAACUAGCUCGAGCUCAGACGCGAGUUGGUCGAUACAAUUUUAUAGGGAACUCCAACGAAAUUGUUUUAGUAAUGAGUCACUUUAGUAUUGUACUGAUCGUUCUGUUCGGAUUAUGUUUGCAACACUCUCAGCUGCAACUGGCUCCCUUCUUCGAUGCCGAGCCCCUGGCCAACAAUGAGGUUUCUCUUCCGGGCUUGGAGGACGACCUGGACUGGAGUGGGGCCAACUGGCAACUGGUGAUCCGCUGGCUGAUGGAGCGCCAGCAGCUGCGCUUCUGCAUUGCCCUCGCCAGAUUCGACGAGCGCCUGGUGCCCGGAACGGCCUGCCAGGCUCUCCUGGCCAACGGGCCGCUGAUGGCCAACUGCGACAUCGGAAACAUCGAGGACCUGACCAUGACCAUGCGGUACGCCUUCGGGGAAAUUCUGCUGGAUACCAGCAGAAAGUGCCGGCACGGCCUGGAGCUCUUUGGAGUUCGCUGCCGGCGGAGGGCGUAAUCGAAAAAAUUCAUCGGCCAUGAAUUCAUAUUUCAUCAAGUGCAAAGUGGGUUACGGUUUUUAAGAGGAAAAUAUAUAGCGACGAAAUUUUUUCCUAAAAUAUGCAAUGCGACACACUUUUAAGUUAUUUUGGUUACAGAACACAGAUCAGAGUUCUGUCUGACUUUAAGUUUAGAUGGACUGCAAUUGCCACAAAGUUUUAAAAAUUUGGUCAAAUCGCGUAACAAAAUAUAUAAAAAACCGUUCUUCAAAAUUCAAAGAAUUACAUAAGUUAAAUGAUUUCAUAUUUUGAAUGUUUAAAAUUUAAUUUAUUUAAAUUUGUAUAAUUUGUAAAUUUUAAUACAAUUUAAAGAAAAUUACAUUACAAAACGUUUAAAUA